UAAUACGGAUUGCAUCCCUCGAAAAAUUGACACAAACUGCGUGUGAAAAAGCCCUAGUUUUUGCAUACCUUUCGGGUAUCUAUUUAUCGACUGCAAAAAAACGCGCGCGUUACGGUUUUGAGUGCGUUAACUGCCCGAGGAUCGACAGAAUGUGGUAAAGGGGCGCGCAGCCAGUGGACAAACACUGUUCUACUUCUCUAAAUAACACACAUACACGCGCGCGCCGCCGAGUGUCAACAGCUGCCCUGGCAAAAAAAUGUCGGACAUUAACGAUGACCUGCUCAACUACGAGCUGGGCGACGACAUCGAUGACCAGGCUUUGCUCGGCGCCGACGAGGAUGAGUUGCUACUCUCGGACGAAGAGCUCGAAAAGGAUGUAACCAGCGAGGUGAAGCAGCAGAUGCGCGCCGAGGCCGAGGAAUGGGCUCAGGAGCAGAUUCGCCAGCACGAGCGCAAGCACAAGGAGCAAUUGCAGGCAGGUGCAGCUGCAGCGGCUGUGGCAGUCACAACUACAGCUGCAGCCACAGCUUCGGGAGCCCAGAGAGCAGAGGUGGCGCCGCCAAAGACAUACCCAGAGGCCACGAUCCCAGUUCCUGCCCCAGUUCUUACUCCAGCUGCUGCUGCUGCUGCUGCCUCUCCGGCGGCAGUUAACCCGCCCAGCGGCACAGUAGAGAAACAACCGAAGGAAAGCCACGCUAUGGCAGCAGAGUUAGCGGAUGACCUGGUGGCAGUCACUCAGAAGGAACCGCCAGUGCAGCAAGCUUAUGGAGUGGGUCCACCUGCUGAUGGCGCUGAGUUGGAAGAUCGUCCGAACAAUGGCAACGGCGAGGAGGCGGCCGAGAAUGCAGGCAGCCAGAGUGAGGGUGAACUGGGCCUCAGUUCGUUACUGGCCUCCUCCCAGGAGAGCCUGCCCAGCAUCGUCAGCUCAGUCUCGGCCAUCUCAGAGCUACCCGAUCCGCGUGAAGACGAUGAAGAGCGCGAGGAGCGCACCAAUUACAAGACGGCCAGCGAGCGGGCCGACAGCAGCAUGAGGCAGCAGCAGGAACACGCACACAUGUCGCCCUACCAGCACCAGCAGCGGCGACACCACGGCCAUGGUGACAAACCUCGCGUCGGCGGCGGUGGACGUUUUAUGCAUGGCCAGCAGCAACAGCAGAAUCAAAUGGGCAAGCCGCCGCGCGGUAUCGGAACUCGUCACCACCUUCUACGCAACCCCUCGCCAAUGUUCGGUGUUCAGCAGCAGCGCAUGGGCAUGGCCGGAAUGCAGCCGCCGCCACAGCGAUAUGGCAUGCCGGGUAAUGCUCCACAACCACAGCACCUGGCUCUGAUGAGCACGCCAGUGGGUGCUGCUCCCUCCGCUGCCUGCCUCCUCCCACUAACCGUUCCCGUCUCCCCACUCACCCUGUCAAUACCACAAGCCCAUCCAAGUCAUCAAGCCCAUCAGCAGCAACAGCAACAGCAGACACUGAACAAUCCAACAUUCAUUCCAAUUCCAGGCCAGUACCCGCCAACUCAGCCACCCAACCAGUCAUCACAACAAGCACCGACCAACACACAACAGCCACACAGCGCUCCCGCCUCUCCCCUCCACACUCCCACGCAUUCGCACAUGAUGCACCACAGUCACAAUCCGAACGGUGGCGUCCCACCCCACCUGCUGACGCAUCCGCACGAGCAGGUGCGAGUGGGUCUGCUCCAGCCACCUCCGCUGGCGUAUGCCCCCAAUCAAGGUGGCUACCGCAAUGGAGCGCUUCUGGGUCCGGGACCGGGGCCUGGACCGCACCAACAGCACCAGUCGCCGCACCAGCAGCAAUCGGGCAUGCGUCCGCCGCUGUACCGCAACGCCCCGCCCUCGUAUGGCUACGAUCAGGGCCAUCCGCCCCAGCAUCCGCCGCAGUUUAUGCGGCCACACAACGGCUGGCGGCCGCAGGGCGACAAUACGCGCAUGCAGCGGCCCCCUCUCCAGACUCUGCCGCUGCACAUGAUGCCCGGCGCCCCGCCUAAUUACGCCAACGGCAUGGGAAUGAGAGGACCGCCGCCCCAGCAGUCGCCGCAGCAGCAGCAGCAACAGCCAGCACCGCAGCAAUCUGGACAUCCUUCGCAGCAGCCAGGUAAUCCUGGACAGCCGCAGCCGCAGCCAAAUGGACCGCCACAGCAGCAGCAGCAGGGUUCGUCAUCGGUGCCGCGGGUGAGCAAGGUGCUCAUCAAUCCGAAUUUCAAGGGCGGCGUCGAGGCGGCCACCAACAAGUUUAUCAAGGAGACACACUUUAUGCCCGCCAUCAACAGCGAGGCCGAGUUGCUGCGCCAGCAGGAGGAGUUCAUCAACAAGAAUCGGCAGUACUUUGAGAAGCGACGCAUGGAACGCUCGCCCCCGUCGGCAAGUUCCAACUCGGGAGCCGUCGCCUCUGGCCAGGCAGGCGAGCGCAGACGCACACGCAGCCGCAGUCGCUCCCGGGGCCGCAGCUACUCACCGGUGAAGCGUAUGGAAAGGGAACGCGAUCGAGAGCGGGAGCGUGAGAGGGAUCGGGAGAGGGAGCGGGAUCGUGAGCGAGAUCGUGAAAGAUAUGGCGCCAAUCGGCCGCCAGGACCACGAGGAGGAUUCCGACGAGCAUCCAGCCGGGAUCGAGACGAGAAUCGAGGCGGCGCGAGCGCAGCCAGUGCCCAAGGAGCGGGCGGAGUGCCAACCAGCGGAGCGGCACCUCCCAAGCGACGGAGAAGUGGCUCAGCCGGGUCAGGCGCCGUCCGCAAUCCCUUCUCCGGCGAGCCACGCGGCCGACCCUCUGAAUCAGGCAGCCGCAGUAUGCCCAGCGACGAGGACGAAGAGACCCGCAACUACCGCCUGGAGAUCGAGAAGCAAAAGCAAUUGCGCGAGAAGAUCAUGCGCGACAAGGAGCUGAAGCGUCGGCGUGCGGCCGAGGAGAAACUACACGAGGAAAAGCGCGCCGAACAGCACAGUUCGCCAGCUCGCGACGAACAGGAGGUGGCUGCGGGACAAGGAUCUGCAGUGUCGACAGCUGGAGCGCCAAAGCAUCGGCCUGCCCAGCCAGCCGGCGAACGCAAGGUUAUCUCGCUGAAGCGUCGCGAUGACCAGGAUGCGGCCAGUGCUCGCAACAGGCAGGCACCAUCGCAGUCGCUGUCCAAUGCCCAGCCAAAUCAAGCCCAGCAGCAGCCGGCGCGCAAGCAAUUAACGGCGGCAAAGAUAGCGCCAGAGGCGAAGCGCAGCAUAACCGAGCACCUGGCUCCGUCAUCCAAGCAGCAGCAGCAUCAUCAUCAUCAGCAACAGCAGCAGGUGGCUGCAGCUGUGCCGGCGAGAGCGUUGGGAGGAGCGGCGGGAGCUGCGGCUGGCGGCACUCCACCGAAACCGCGGGAUAUGCUGCGCCUGGGCACGCCCAGCGACGAUGAGGUGGAGCUGGACUACGAUGACGAUGACCUGCUGCUGGACGAGGAGGAUCGUUUGUUGGCCACCCCAUCGCCGCCGCCGCAGCAGAAGGCGAGCAGCAAGCGAUCGGCCACGCCGGAGUUGUUGGUGGUCAAACGGAAUCACAAGGUGAUGCGCGGCGGCGGCGGCGGCAGCGGCUCAACGUCGGCGACCAGCUUUAGCUCCGGCCAGCGGCGGGUGGUGCUGAAGCCCACCAGCAAUGGCAGCAGCAGCAGCGGUGGAGAUCAACAGCAGUCAUCGCAUGGCGGCAGGCAGCGGGAGAGGAGGCAACGCGAGGAGCACAACGCACUGCAGCGGAAAAGUAGCGCAGGAGGUGGAGGAGGCGGUGGAGGCAGCAGCAGCAGUUCGGGAACUGGAGGAGGCAUCUUCGAUCGGCUGGAGAAGCGCCAGGGAGCGUCCUCGGGAGGUGGAAGCAGCGGGGGAGGCGGCGGCGGGAGCAGCCACAAGCAGCGCUCCAAGGCGCCCGCCCGCAUCGUACUCAAGCACGAUUGAUAAGCAUAUAAACUAGAUUAAGCCCAAAGUUUUUUAUAUCGAUUAUCUCUUUAGUGCAUAAGAGAUGCACGACGUUUAGGAGGAGGCAUAGAGGAUUAAGAGGAACUUUAGCUUUAAAUUAUAAAGUUGCAAAUUGUUGAUCUGUAGACUUGUAUACCCUCGUCUAUAUAAAAUGCGGUUUAUAUAUAUAUAUAUCUAUAUAUAUGUACAUGUCAUGUAUUUGGUGAGUAUGAGUAUGGGUGUCUACACCGUACUCCAUACGGUAUACAUAUAUAUAUAUUAUAUUCAUUUAGCCUUAAGUGUACAAAUCUAAUCUAUGACUAAAACGUGCUUCGUUUUCUUAACCGCAAUUUGUAUUUAAAUUUAGAAUUAAGUGGGAUGCUUAAAGCUUGACCUAGACAACAAAACAAUUAUAGCAACACAAUUAGAACUCAAAAUUGCCGUUUUGUGUGCUUGCAUAUUAGCAUAUGUAACCAAUUGAAAUAUAUUUACACUACUUAUAUAUAACUAUAAA